CGCCCCCUGCCUGGGCCCCGCCUCCGCAGGUUGAUGGCAGCGGCAGCUGGGACUGCAGCGGCGCCUGGCCCCGGAGAGCCGCAAGCAGCGGCCGGAGCGCGCGGCCGAACACCCGGGCUUCAGACGCCGCGGACGCCCACAGAGACAGUUCCAGCGCCCUUACUCCUCUCGGCCCCAGCGCGCCCGCAGCCCCCUCCGCAGAGGAGUCCCAGCGUGAGCGCCCCUCGGCCCGCUCAGGACCAGCUCACAGGACUAAGGACCAAAGGCAUUUCUGGGCACUGAGACCCUCCAUCUCUGCCCCCAGCCAUGAGCCGGCGCGUGGUUCGGCAGAGCAAGUUCCGCCAUGUGUUUGGACAGGCAGCAAAGGCUGACCAGGCCUACGAGGACAUCCGUGUGUCCAAGGUCACGUGGGACAGCUCCUUCUGUGCCGUCAACCCCAAAUUCCUCGCCAUUAUUGUGGAGGCUGGAGGUGGAGGUGCUUUCAUCGUCCUGCCUCUGGCCAAGACAGGGCGCGUGGAUAAGAACUACCCACUGGUCACUGGGCACACGGCCCCUGUGCUGGACAUUGACUGGUGCCCACACAAUGACAACGUCAUCGCCAGUGCCUCAGAUGACACCACCAUCAUGGUGUGGCAGAUUCCAGACUAUACGCCUAUGCGCAACAUCACAGAACCCAUCAUCACGCUCGAAGGCCACUCCAAGCGCGUGGGCAUCCUCUCCUGGCACCCCACUGCCCGGAAUGUCCUGCUCAGUGCAGGUGGUGACAAUGUGAUCAUCAUCUGGAACGUGGGCACUGGAGAGGUGCUCCUGAGUCUGGACGACAUGCACCCGGAUGUCAUCCACAGCGUGUGCUGGAACAACAAUGGCAGCCUGCUAGCCACCACCUGCAAGGACAAGACCCUGCGCGUUGUCGACCCCCGCAAGGGCCAGGUGGUGGCGGAGCGAGCCCGGCCUCACGAGGGCGCCCGCCCGCUGCGGGCCGUCUUCACCGCAGACGGGAAGCUACUCAGCACCGGCUUCAGCAGGAUGAGUGAGCGGCAACUCGCGCUCUGGGACCCGGAGAGGUUUGCGGCCCACGAGGGGAUGAGGCCCAUGCGGGCCGUCUUCACACGCCAGGGUCAUAUCUUCACCACGGGCUUCACCCGCAUGAGCCAGCGAGAGCUGGGCCUGUGGGACCCGAACAACUUUGAGGAGCCAGUGGCACUGCAGGAGAUGGACACAAGCAACGGGGUCCUACUGCCCUUCUACGAUCCGGACUCCAGCAUCAUCUACCUGUGCGGCAAGGGCGACAGCAGCAUUCGGUACUUUGAGAUUACUGACGAAGCACCUUUUGUGCACUACCUGAACACGUUCAGCAGCAAGGAGCCGCAGAGGGGCAUGGGUUUCAUGCCCAAGAGGGGGCUGGAUGUCAGCAAAUGCGAGAUCGCCCGGUUAUACAAGUUGCACGAAAGAAAGUGUGAACCCAUCAUUAUGACUGUACCACGCAAGUCAGACUUGUUCCAGGAUGACCUAUACCCAGACACACCCGGCCCGGAGCCAGCCCUAGAGGCAGACGAAUGGCUGUCAGGUCAGGACGCGGAACCCGUGCUCAUUUCACUGAGGGAUGGUUACGUACCCCCCAAGCAUCGCGAGCUCCGGGUCACCAAACGCAACAUCCUGGACGCGCGACCGCCCUCCGGCACCCGCCGCAGCCAGUCGGCCAGUGACGCCCCCUUGUCGCAGCAGCACACCCUGGAGGCGCUGCUGGGGGAGAUCAAGGCCCUUCGGGAGCAGGUGCAGGCCCAGGAGCAACGCAUCACGGCCCUGGAGAACAUGCUGUGCGAGCUGGUGGACGGCACGGACUAGCGCGGCGCGCUGGGGACCGUUCCGAGUCUGGAAGGCAAGGCUAGCCGGUCGUACGGACUCGGCCCGUCCCGGGUUUUGGUCGGGAACUCCUGACCCUACCUCUCCAGGCUGGAGCCGGGGAUAGGACUGGGAAGGGAACUCGGCCGGCCCCUCAUGAGAGGCCUGGACAAACGCAGCGUCGCAGAGACGCACGUCUGUCUGGCGCCCACCCGACAGCGUUCCUCGUCCAGGACUCAGCAGGAGCUGGCCUUGGGAGGCCCGAGGUGACGGGCCUCUGCAAUGGUGCUGCUUGGCGAGGCGAUGUCCCCGCUGUCUCCCACCCAGGGCAGGGAAAGUGCUUAGUAUUAGCUCGAUGCUUGGGGAUAUGCGGGAGCUUGGGCUUGACCUCAAACAGGUGGCAAUUUGACUGAUGUCCCCAGACUGGCUGGGGAAAAUUACAAGGCUUCUCCCUGUAAUCAGCUCGUUUGAUUCCACCACCCUGAGUGGUAAACUGGAUGGGCGUCACCCUAAUUCUACAGACAUACACAACCCGUUGGCUGUAGAGUCGGACUUACUGGCUAUGCCCAGCAGGGGGCUCUCUUCCUUCUUCCCAUCCGCAGAGGAGAGGGUGGCUUCCUGCGGCACCCACUACCGGAGAACUAACAGAACUGGCCUGAGGAAGCAGGUACACACGUACACAGACACAGACACACACACACACACACACA